AUGGGGAGCUCGGAAAUGCCAACCCUGCCAACGGCACCAGAGCACUGCGGCAUUGGUCUUUGCACUGGGCGGAUGAAAGCACCGUCGUGGAAUAGCAAGUGGCAGGUUCACACGUGCCAAUGCGACAGCGAUGGCUACAACUUGAACGGCGAUCGAAGGGCCUCUCACCACAUAGCUAUCUUUCAUAGCGGCCGCUGGACUUUCACUUCCUGUCUCUCGAAGACAAUGAAAAAGCUCCAGGAAAUGCCAACCACCACUAGAGCCAGUGCUGUGGCAGCGCAGGAUUCCAAGCGCCCGAUCGAGAAAGUACCGCCCGAGGCUGAGCUCAGCGACCUGACCGAGCAGAAGACCUCACCAGAUGAACACGAAGAGUUGACCGAGAAGGAUUCACGAGUUGCUGAAGUCAACGAGCUGACCGAGAAGAACACGUCACCAGAGAAGGAUGCAUCAGAUGCCGCUUCUCUGCCGUUUAGCGGCGGCCUCUCGGUCUCAGUGGUGCGCAAAGAGAGAAACCCGUAG